ACUACUUCCGUAGAAACAGAAACACAAGAGUCUGUCAGCUGAUGGCGAGUGCCAGCAGAAGUGCAGGGGUGAGAAGCUCUGUUUUCACACAAGAGUCAGUCCAUAAAUCCUCAUCUGUGUGUGUGUGUGGCCGCAGAGAGCAGCAGGCGUGCAAACAGGAAGUAGAGGGAAGUGUUGGCUUGUGUGUGUGUGAGAGAGAGAGAAACCUCAGAACAGGGUGGAAGAAGUUGUCUCCAAACAAAGAGCGAGACAUGGGCACUGAGUACAAACCACUGUCUUCUUCAGAAUGGUGCAGGAGUGAAGUUGUGGAGACGUCGGAGUGCUUCAUAUGCAGGGACGGCGAACUGAAAACCAGCGACCCGCUGAGGAAUUUCUGCGACUGCAAGACUUUACUGGCUCAUCACGUGUGUCUGUCCGCAUGGAUCCAGAGGGGACGUGGGAGUGAAGACGAACUGCGAUGUGUCAUCUGCAAGGCCAAGUACCAGCUGCAGAGGACGUCUCCGUGGCGAUCGCUCAGCUCCCAGUGGAGGACGUGGCUGGUCCUGAUCACCGUGCUGCUUCUGAUGGGACUGGCGCCUUUCGUGGUCCACUGCCUGAUGACGGCCUUCCAUGACCCUUCACCUCCCAUCACCUUUAAAGUGGCAGCGGCCCUAUUCGGCUUCCUGACGGAGCUGCUGCUCGUCAUGUGUCUGUCGAGUUACCUCAGCGGUCGGUACCGGCAGGCGGAGAGGAGCUCCUUCACAGUUCAGCCAAGAAGCAGACAGGGGGAAUGCUGGGAAAAAUCUGAAGCAUCAGCUGCGGCGGGUCAAAUGUCAACUGGCGGAGGGGACGACAAGAACCCGGACGUGGUGAAGAGCGAAUGCCUCGUCGUCUUCUGAAUCAAAAGGGAUCUCACAAAACCCUGACUCUUCUGGGUGCCGCCUGCUGAAAACAGCGUCACCCAUUUACUGUUUUCUCCUUUGUCAAAUCCUCACACUUUGUUCAGAAAGCACAUUUGCACGAGUUGCAAGCCGAUGAUAAGAGAGAGAAAGUGUGUACGUGCUGGGAGAGAGGAGAAAAGAGCCUGAAAUCGCUCUCUUUCCUUAAUGAUGCCCACACAGAGACAAUGGGGCGCCGCUCUGAUUAGUGUCACCUGUCCUUGUGCAUCUCAUCAGCUCCAUUAUGGCUGCAUCUCCCAUGCUUCUUGUGCUAAUUGAAUAGCCCGUGAAGUGGUGACGAGGACGGGGGCGAGAGCAACGUCUGUCCCGCUGCUGCCCCACAAAUGAGAGAAACGCUUCCCAGAGAGACACGAGCCGAGGAAACAUUAGCCAUUAUGAGACAGACAGAAAAGUGCUAACAAGUCGCCCUCAUGUUAUAUUAUCAUCAGAUUCGCUACAGAUUAUCUUCACGCAGCAGCUACGGCGUCAGCAGCUGCUGUGUAGUUUUUGGUGGGCGUAGCUGCUGCUCCAUGGAUCUCCUUAGCCUUCACUUAAAUACUUAAAUAAUGUAUUAGCUUAGCCUAGCGUAACGCAACAGGUUAGACGUUGGGAUAUGUCUUUAUCCAUCUAAUGGGAACAACGUAGCUGCACAGUUCAAGCACGUUUAAGGCUUAUCAAUGUAUUCAUUACUUUUUCCCCACUAAACUGAGGUUAAAGAGAUAGUUCGGCUUUUCCGAUGCCUAAAGGUUGGAAGUUGAAGCUAACUUUUUGUAGGGUGUGUCCUAUUUCAGGGGUUAAAACUUUUGAAGGACGUGUCCUACCCGGCUGACCAGGUUCUUCGUCCACCGAUGUAAAUGUCUUCCCGCCCUUACCUGGGUGUAUAUUGUGUCGCUUGGCAACCUUUACAAUUCUAAACAGAAGCUGGGAAAGAAGAAGAUUGAGGGUUUUUUUCUUGUUUUUAUUAUUUUAAUUAAAGAACUGAUUGAAUAAACACAGUUUUUGCAAAAAUUAGAUUAAAAAGCAUGUCUGUGCAAAUGAGUAAAAUUUUAACAAGCCAUCUGAUUAGAAUCCUGAGGUAUUUAAAGGAUACGCCAGACCUGGAGAGAGGAAGUGAGUGGUCUUCCAAAGGAUGCAGGUCUUGAAUCCACAGGAACAUUGCUUUUCUUUGUUUUUUUUGUGGGACAUUUUGUAAGUGAAUGGGUUACUUCAGAGAGCGACUUGGACUAACCCAAAGUCAUAAAAUGAACAAAAUUCUUGUUUUUAAGAUUCAGUGAAGCUGCAUCUUUUAUCAGUCCACAUUGGAAAAAAAUGAUAUUUCAGAGUCAAAAAUCAAUGUGAAUGUGUCAUCUACACCAUUGAUGAAUGUAUGGCAAAAUGUGGGUUAUAUUAUUACCUAUUGUUUGCUUUUAUAAAAGAAUAUUUAAUCUACCUGCAUAGGAAGUUGUUCUGUUUGUGAAAAGGUUGAAUGUUUUCUCUGUAUGGCAGUGCUGAACCACUAUGUGGAAAAGUUUUUCUAAGAGGAAACAAAUAAAAACUGUUUACAUUGAA